UUCCUCCCAUGACCUAUCAAGCUCUUGGGACCAGACAAAUCUACAUCGCACUUCCGACCAUUUCAGUUCCCUGGGAAGCAUGGACAGUUUGGGCCACCCUUCCCAACCUUAUGCCUACGGGCGACUUUCCGCGACCAAAUCCAAUAGCAGCAUCGACCGUCUCAGCCACCAAAACCAGCGGGACUCUGCCUACGGCUCCUUCUCUCUGAACUCUGGCACGCCCAACCACACCCUGUCGAAGACGGACGCCACCUCGACGGAGAACGUGCUCUACAAAGUGGCCCAGUGGGACUCGGCCAGGUCCGGGAACGGCAAGCCUCUCCAGGCUCUGGGCGACAAUGCUCCAAGCGGAGGAGAACGGCUAGCCUCUUGGCCCCCUCCCGUUCCGUGGGAGCUAAGCAACAGUCCAAGACCAGAUGACAUUCCCGAGCCCAGGUUCUCAGGUUCGGGAAGAUCCAAUUUUGGGCCCGUCUGGUACGUUCCCGAGAAGAAAAGGACGUCCCGUUCGCCGCCACCCCCUCCUCCGCCCCUCCGGAGCGAUAGCUUCGCUGCUACCAAAGGGCUCGAGAAGACCCAGGGUCCAACCUCCUCAGAGGCCACCAGCACCCAGCACUUUACGGUUCCGACCCGAGCUCAGCCCGGGAACGAGUGGCUGUCCGAAACUGCAGAUCAGCAGCGAAGACCGGUACGAGUGAGCGACAGGAGCGCGGAGGGGAAAAGGAUCGCUCACUCGAUAUACCUGUCUGAUCUCAGUCUGGACCGCACCUUCCUCUCCUCGGAUGACCCGUGUAACAGCAACCCGGGGACCAACCCCAGUCUCCAAGCGUCUUUGUCCAGCACAGAUGUUCGUUUUGCACAACCAGCUUACGGUUUCCAUCACCAGCGCCAGUUCAGCGACGAAAGCACUUUCUUUCACCACCCUCGGGUCUCCGCAGCCCCUAAAGAACUGAGAAAGCCGGCCCAUUGUGGUGGCCAGCCCGAGCCCUCUACUGAGCGUUUUUGCGGCCGCAGUCCGACCCAAAUUAGACGAGUCGGUGCCGCCCUUCCUGCCGACUGUGCCACUGACCAAAUGUUGGAGAUCACUGGACAGAGUCGCUUUUACAGUGUAGCGACCAAACAGCCAACUCAGGGAAGUUCUCAGCCACUGCAGCUCAAAGACGAAUGUUGGAAGCCCUCGUCAGGAGCUGACAUGCUUCUGGCCCCGUAUGAAAACCCCACCGCACCCGCAACCGGCCAAAGAACCAAAUACUCUCUACCUCAAAACUGUGAGCUUGUAGAUAUCUGCGAGAGGAGCAGUUCUUGCCGGGCAGACGGUGGAGAGGAAGGUUGGUCAGAGGGCUUGGGAGACAUCCGGGGAGCCAGUCGUGUCAACGAAACUAAUCGGCAGAUCCCGGAUGCCGAUUUUGAGGGAAACCGCAGAAGUGAUAGCCUCUGUCAGCAAGACUACACGAGGCCCAACGACACUUCUCUUCAAAGCCGACCUUGCCGUUCAGACUUCAAGUGGGCCGAGGAGGAAAGCGACAAGAUCUCUCCCCGCAAGACACCCAUGUUACACUCCUUAGCUCAAGAAGGAAAAAGCCAGCCCGAACAUUGCCCAGGGGCUAGACCAGACAAACCGCCCCCGUUCGAUGGCCAGGUGGGCAAACAGGCCCGAAGGAGUGAUCGGUUUGCAACAACCCUGAGGAACGAGAUUCAGAUGAGGCGUGCGAAGCUGCAGAAAAGCAAAAGCACGGCUAGCUUGACUGGGGAGAGUGAAACUGAGGAAUGCGGAGAUCCCUGGAAACCGGAGUCUGGGGAUGACUCUUUUCCCAGCACCUACAGGGGCCAUUUGCAGGAGGCCCAAGCCAGGGUCCUCCGAGCCACUUCCUUCCAAAGGCGAGACCUAGAGGGCAGCCCUGCCGGGCAUUAUCCGAGGUCCUCGGAGCACGGGCUCGGUAGCUGCGGUUCCUCCUCCUGUCGGCCCCUGGAUCCCGAGACCAACUCCCGCCUCCAGGGAGUCAGCCGGUCUAAGCCAGCCUCCUCGGGGAUAGGGCUGCCGCCCAUCUCCCGCGUUGGAGGCCGGAGGCGCUUCACAGCAGAGCAGAAACUGAGGUCGUACUCCGAGCCGGAGAAGAUCCACGAGGUGGGCAUCUCUGAGGGAUACAACCCGCGCCGUCGUCCCGACACAUCUGAGGAAACCCUGGCCUCUUUUGCUGAUAGGUGGAAGUUUUUUGAGGAGACCAGUAAGCCCUCCCACCAGCGACCUGCCCAGAACCCAACUGCCUCUGGCCCGUGGAAAGGUCCGCCGACUGGAAAAGUCCACGGGCCCGAGGGAACGGACUGGCACCAGAAGAAAACCCGGACAGCCUCUUUCGGAGAGGGCUUGAGCUCUGGCAGUAGUCGGGCCCAUGAGGUGGAAAAUUGCCAGCAGCCUCAGAGGCUGGGGACCUUCGCAGAGUACCAGGCUUCCUGGAAAGAACAGAGAAAGCCCUUAGAAGCAAGGAGCUCAGGAAGGUACCACUCGGCCGAUGACAUCCUGGAUGUGGUCCUGGAACAGAACGAGAAACCCCAAUAUGUACAUGAACGAUCCAGGUCCUCUCCCUCCACAGAUCACUACAAACAGGAAGCCUCUGCUGGAGUGAGAAGGCAGGCUGAGGAUUAUCGAGCAGAUAGGGAGCCCAUUUCCUCUAAAACCAGGACUGAUGAGGGGAAUUCCACUUGGAGCUUCUUUUCUAAGUUCACUGUGUCUCUACAGUCUCCUCUGAGCAGAACACAAACCUGCAUUCUUUCUGGGUCUCUGAGGCAAGCUGAUGCGGAGCCCCAGAGAGCAAGUCCAGAAGAAGAACGAUAUUGGCUCGAUCAAAAUGUGCUAGGUCACUGGAAGUCUUGUGGAGCAGCUCACCCCAGAGAACCUGUGGCCUCACCCCGAGAGAGUCGGGGAAGGGCUGGGACGCUGCCUAAUGAUUAUAGGUUCUCCAAAGAGAGUGAGAGGGAAGAAGAGCAGACUGGCCAAACACUCCCCCAAGCACUUCCUGAAGCCCCAGCCAAGGGCCAAGGUCUUUGUCCGCCCCAACAGGCCAGAGGUGAGGUCUCCCAUCCUACAGAUCCGACGGCUUUGAACAGGAGACGAGGUCCCGUGCCUCAGAGACCUCCUCCCCCCAAGCUUGACGGGAAUAAAUACAGGCGCCCGGACGUUUCCACGCCCAGCUCCGGCACCUCUCCGGAAUCUCUGUGGGUAGCUCCCGGCAAGACCUUUCUGCCUCAUUCCCCUGGCCCAGGUGAUGCUGCUACUUUCAUCGAAGUAGCCAGCCCUCCGCCACAGGAACCGCGCCAAGCCACGACUACUGAGAAUGGUUUCCAGCACUUAGAUGAGGAGAAGUUGUGUCUUAAGCCCGAACCCGUGUUGUCUUCAAAGUUCCAGCAUCGCCACCACCUCCAGAAAGCGGCAAUGGAAAUGUCUAGGUCUCCAUCACCCCAGUUUGCCCCACAGAAACUCACCGAUAAGCCUCCUGUAUUACUCCAGGAUGAAAACCCGACCAGAAUUGAAAGAGUGAUGGAGAACAACACCACCGUGAAAAUGGUCCCCAUUAAGAUCGUCCAUUCGGAAAGCCACGCCGAAAAGGAAAGCCGACAGAGCUUGGUGAGCCCCCUGGAGCUUCCCGCCCUGCCCUGUGGCUUGGAGAAAGACCAGAUCAAGACGCUCAGCACUUCUGAGCAAUCCUACUCCCGCUUCUGCGCGUACACCAGGCAGGGAGCGGAACCAGAGGCGCCCAGUAAAACCAGACUCGCUGACUCACAGCCAGCCGAAGCCUUGGCACCCAACAUGAAAGACGGUGAGGCCUCCACGCCAACUGUCAGCUACGUGAAGGCCAAGGAGAAGACCUUUGAAGACCUGAAGUCAGAGGAGCUGGCCAGGGAGAUUGUGGGCAAAGAUAAAUCUCUAGCAGACAUUUUGGAUCCCAAUGCGAAAAUCAAAACCACGAUGGACCUGAUGGAAGGGAUCUUCCCUAAAGACGAACACCUCCUGGAAGAAGCUCAGCAGCGCCGGAAGAUGCUGCCAAAAGUCCCUUCUCCCAGGAUUACAGAAGAAAAGAAAGAAGAGCAGAACAUACCAUCUGCCAUCUCCCUGACGACCAGUUCUACCUACUACAGCACAUCUGCCCCCAAGGCUGAACUGCUGAUUAAAAUGAAGGAUAUGCAGGAGCAGCAGCAGCAGCAGCAGCAGCAAAUUGAAGAGGAUUCUGAGGAUGAGCUAGACCAUGACCUAUCAGAGAAGAAGGAACUCAUUGACAGCAUCAGUCGGAAGCUGCAGGUGCUGCGGGAAGCCCGGGAGAGCUUAUUGGAGGACAUCCAGGCCAACAGCGCACUGGGUGAUGAGGUGGAGGCUCUGGCAAAAGACGUCUGCAAGCCCAAUGAGUUUGAUAAGUUCCGGAUGUUUAUUGGGGACUUGGAUAAAGUGGUGAACCUCCUCCUCUCCUUGUCAGGCCGGCUGGCUCGGGUGGAGAAUGCCCUAAAUAACCUGGAUGAUGGUGCCUCACCUGAAGAACGGCGGACGCUGCUCGAGAAGCAGAAGUUGCUCACGCGGCAGCACGAAGACGCCAAAGAAUUGAAGGAGAAUCUGGACCGCAGGGACCGUAUUGUCUUUGACAUUUUGGCCAACUACUUGAGUGAAGAAAGUCUCGCAGACUAUGAGCAUUUUGUCAAGAUGAAAUCAGCCCUCAUCAUAGAGCAGCGGGAGCUUGAAGACAAAAUCAAGCUCGGAGAGGAGCAGCUGAAGUGCUUGACUGACAGCCUCCAACCGGAAAAGGUCAAAUAAGCGGUCCACCUGUGGGUGAUCUGAAACUGGCUGAUCGGUCUCGGGUUUCAAAGAAUGCAAGUGAAAUCCCAGCCUGUAUUUAUGUUCCGUAGGGAGCGGCCUACGACUGCGAAAUGGCUAUUCCACUAGCAAUAAUGCCCUCGCUUGUUUGGUCUGGAUGGUGUAUUUAAUUUUUUACAGCGUCUUCAUAAUGCCCGGCUCAGUGGCUCCUCCCUCUCCCUUCUCCUUUAGAAACAACUGUAGAUGAGAACUCUUGAAUUUUAAGCUUCAAAUCCAGUAUAUUUUGCGAUCUGUUCCAAUAGUGCAUGCAAAGAGUAACGAUGUUUUAAGGUCACAUAUCUGUUUGCUCCUACUGGGUUCAGAUCUUGCCCACCCUCCUGGGGAGCCCAGGGCAACUGAGUAGGCAGAAGGGAUGUCGCCCUGGUGAGAAGCAGAGUGAGAAAAUGCUCUUAGGGGUCUGGAGAAUGUCACCCAGGGAACUGGAUUCCAGUUGCCUUUGGAUCUGGCCCCUCCAGCUCUCUAAGUAGUAAUUUAUCAUAUUCUGUAGUGACAUCAUCUUGCCCCGACAGAAUAGAAUCAAACGAUUCACUGGGAAGGUGGAUUAUUUUCAGGUAGUCUAAACCAACUGUGAACUAGAAGCUCUUACUGUUGGCUCAGCAGGACAUCAUCACCACCAAUAAAAUAAGUGUGGGUGGUUUUUUUGUUGUGUUUUUUUGGUUGGGUUUUUUGGUUAACUUGGCAAACAGAUAGUUUUGGGCCUUCUCACCUGACCUUGUCGUGCAAAUGAUUUUUUCCUUGCACAGAUCCCAGAGAUAGUGUGCCAUUUGGCCUCAAGAUAUUCAUUUCACCAGAGCAACGUAAGAAAAAUCCUGACCCAGUGUGUUUGAAUGUAGUCAAGAAAUGUCUGAUCCUCUACACUCCUUCUCUCCCUUACACUGUUUAUAGAUUACCACUGUGGUCAUAUCAUUUUCAUUCUAUUUUUUUUCACCUUGUUUUUAAUAAUUAUACAAUUUCUGGGUGAAAUGUUUUUUUUUAAUUUAAUUCUGUAUAAUAAGUACUCUUUACAUUGACGAAACAGAAUGAUUCCCAGACUGUAAGGAGAUGAAAGUGGUACUGAACACUGAUGAAGGUGCGUCAGAGAACUGAUUUCCAACAGGCUGCUAUGCUUUCUUCUCAUGGGAUAUCAGUCUCAUGGUUUGUUUAUACUUUAAGAGCUUUGUCUCCUCUUGUAAGGAGGUACUUUUGAGCCAACCUCUUGAACACCUUGACAGUGAGACCACAUGAGACCAGUUGGAGAAGGAAUUGCUUUAAGCCUCUUUAUCCUUUCCAUUUCAAUAAAGCGGUUUUUGAAGAA